AUGGAGCAAAGGCAGCAGGUCGCUGCCCAGCGAUCGCCCGUGCUGCCCGCGUCCCCUGAAACCCAGGCACUAGCGGCGGCGCAACAAGAGAACUGGGACAAAGAGAACGCAGAAGCGAUGAUGAGCGGGCAUGAGGCGACGCGCGCGACGCGGAUGGGUUUGGGGGAUGGGCAGCCCUGCGGCGGACGAGGCAGCGCCGUCGACGACAUUGGACGUAGUCGCGUACGUCAACACGAAGUGAAGCUCUUGGAGCAGCAAAGUGGCAGAAGUCUCGGCGGCCAUGGGCAACGUCUUCUCAGGUGCCAAGAGAAGGCGCAUCCGGCGCCUGUUCAUCUGCAUUGUAGUAGGAAAGAUGCGCUAGAACCAUCGCCUGCGUUAAUUGUGCUGAUUGACUUGCUGCUCGAUGGGCGGCACUGGAUGACAUUUGCGUGCGCGGGGACUCUCAUCGUGGGUUGCGCCUUGCGUAUUGUACGUGCCUAUCUGCAGGAGCAUGGAGCGGCCGCCGCCACAUCCAGUGUCAGCGCUGCAGCGCACGCCCCUUCCAGCUCUGGUUCUGCGACGCCUGGAAGCAAUCCCAAAACGGGAUCGCCAGCCGAUCAGCUGCCCAAGCCUGCGCCGGCAGAGGAAGGUGACAAGCAGACAUCGUCAGUCAAAGACUCCACGCCACCGUCUUCGAACACAGUUGACACGCUAAAGGCCUCGGGCAAAGAUCAAGACGAAGCAGCUGCUGGAGCUGGUGACUCAGAGACGGAAUUCAGUUCGCUGACCAGCACUGCCGGUGCGUGUGAAUCUUGCCUUCGAACGAUCACGAUCGUGCAGAUUGCUGGUACAUUUGCGGCGUUGGCCUUGCCCUCUGACUUUCCAGCUGGUGCGCUCCCCGCGGAUCAGCUGCCCUUCAUCCCCCUGACUCCAUUAGACCGGGACCAGCUUGCUUUACGACUUGGGGAAAAAAUCAAAGCCUCUCCGAUGACCGAGGCGGGGCCAUAUUUGCCGUUCGCCUAG